UGUCAAAUAAAUAUAGCCAAGAAAUAAAUCAACUGCUGUUUCCUUCUCUGGUCUUUGUGAACCGAUUUCGGCCAACAAAGGCGUUGUUUCGUUUUUCAGGGGCUUCUGAUCUUCUUCCUCCCUAAUUCUAAAGCCCUAAAACCCAAGAUCCGUCACUGCCACGGUGCAAUUUUCAGUGCUUGGUUUGCCUGCUCCUUGGCUGAAUUUGCAUUCCGUGACGACCCGGUGAUUUUGAUCACGGUUUUAGGGUUUUUACUUCCUGAUUGCUCCGUCCGUUUCUUUGAUAAAUGGCGAGCAGAAAGGAAGAUGAGAGAAAUGAGAAGAUUAUCAGGGGUCUCAUGAAGCUUCCGCCUAAUCGAAGAUGUAUCAACUGCAAUAGUCUGGGUCCGCAAUAUGUCUGUACGACUUUUUGGACCUUCGUUUGCAUGACAUGCAGUGGCAUACAUCGUGAGUUUACCCAUCGAGUUAAGUCUGUAUCAAUGGCAAAAUUCACUUCUCAGGAAGUAGAAGCUCUUCAAAAUGGUGGCAACCAGCGUGCAAGGGACAUAUAUUUGAAAGAUUGGGAUUUCCAAAGGCAGCGUAUGCCAGAUAGCAGCAAUGUUGACAAAAUAAGGGAAUUUAUAAGGAAUGUGUACAUUGACAGAAGAUAUGCUGGAGCAAGGUCCUCUGACAAGCCUCCAAGAGAUACGCAGAGUCCUAGAAUCCAUGGAGAUGACACAAGGCGUGCUAGCUCAUAUCAUUCUUAUUCUCAGAGUCCGCCAUAUGAUUACCAAUAUGAGGAUCGGCGGUACGGAAGACAAGCAGCUGCAUUGACCAGGAAGCCUGGUUCAGACAAAGGUCGUUAUGAAGGGAAGAUAUCUAGUAUAAUGUAUAGUCCUGGGCGCUUCAGUGACCAUGCAUCUGAGGAUGGUUUUGCUAAUGACGGAUCUGGUCCAAGAAAUUCGGACUAUUCUGUGUCUAAUGCUGGUGAACAGUUUAAAUCUGCUGUGCAGUCUCCUAAGUUUUAUAGGGACAUGCGAAGCAGUCCGUUCCAUCAACGUUCUAGUGCUGGUUCAAGUGAAGAUAUAUGGUCUCCAUCUCGGUAUACUUCUUUGGAAACAAUCGUCAAGGGUAAUUCAGAUGGACAUCAUCCACAGAGAAUCACACCACAGGGAUCAACCGACUGCAGUUCAUCAUCCCAGAGAUCUUACAGCUCUGGUGGUUUAGAUUUUUUUUCAGAGCCUGUCCAAGCUUCUGGAUCCAAUCAAGAUAAGGUGUCUGCCAUACCAGUAUCGCAACAAUCACGUCCAGCAAGAUCAGUUAGCUUGGAUCUUUCAAAGGUAGCAGUGGCAUCUGAGCCAUUGUCUUCCUUAACGCCACCUAUUGAUCUGUUUGAGUUUCCAGCAUCAUCUCAGGCUCCAUCAGUGGAUUUGUUUCAACCGUCUAUUUUGUCUUCAGCUCUAUCUUUGAACCAAAAUCAACCUUCACAGGCAUCACAGUUCUCAUCUAUUGACUUCUUCGUGGAUGUUUCUAAGCAGCAGUCUGCUGCUCCAUCUUUGAACCAAAGUCAACCUUCACAGGCAUCCCAGUCUUCACCUAUUGACUUCUUUGCGGAUGUUCCUGAGCCGCAGCCUGCUGGUCCAUCUUCAGCUCCAUCGUUGAACCAAAAUCAACCUUCGCAGGCAUCCCAGUCCUCAUCUAUUGACUUCUUUGCGGAUGUUUCUAAGCAGCAGCCUGCUGCUCCAUCAGAUGAGAAGUCACCAGAGUUCUUUGUGCCUAAAAAUGAAGGAUGGGCAACAUUUGAUGUCCCUCAGCACGCAGCAGCAUCUCCUGCACAAGUUGAAAUUCCAGCAGGAGUUCCAUCAACUGACAAGUCUUUGCUGGAGUUAUUUGAUCCAUUUUCAACUGCAAAUGCCAGCAAGCAGUGGCCAUCUUUUGACACUUCUGGUGUUCAUGAACCUUCAAUCACUUCCAAUGCAUGGCAUGGUGGUGUGCAGAAUGGAGAACAAGCUUCCGUUACUGCAGCAAAUGCUCAACCAUGGAAUGCAUUUGAAGAUUCUGGUUCUCACCUUCCUGUAGAUACUGCUAGUCAAGGGUUGCAACUGCAUAAUCUUCCUUCAAGUGGUGAUCAGUUUUUAAGCUCAAAAGUUUCUGAGGGCCCCAAAGGUGGGCUGCAAGACUUUGCCCCUAUUGGUGCUUUCAAUGAUAAUGUCCAAUCAGAUGUUGGUGGUUUACCAUAUCCUCCAACUGCGCUUCCUCUGAUGGAAGAGACUCAACGCAGUGCAACCAACCAGAAAUCAACUAAUCCGUUUGAUCUUCCCCACGAAUCUGAUGUAGAGCACAACAGUAUGUUCCUUGAUCUGAGCUCAUUGCAAGCUGCUCUGCCGGAUUCCCCGUUAGCUCCUCCAUACAAUGGUGGUAAUGGUAUAGCUGAACCAUGGCUCCCUCAAAGUGUGACACCAUAUAUUUCUUCUGCAGGACAAGGUGGUCUAACCUUCAUGGCUGCGCAGCCACCUAGCUCUCAAAUACCGAACAUCCCGACCCAAGGACCAGUUGCAUCUUUUGGGGGAAAUCCGUUUGCAUAGGAUUUGGUUGUGUAGUGUGGUGUUCUUUUCACGUAAAAAUAUGUGCAUGGCCAUCCAGUAGCUCCUCAUAGGAGUCAUUAGUGUGAUUUAUUCCUAGUCACAAUGUCUUCAAUUGCUACUGCAGUAAGUGAGGCCUUGCAAUUCAUGGUUCCUGCGGCAUGCUGGCCAUGAUUAUUAAAUUACGUUGUUCUCAGAAAUCAGAAUUAUUGAUCAGCAGUUAGUGUUCUGGCGGGUAUUGUAAUUUAACGUAGACAAAUUGGAAUUUAGGGUGAGAUCUUCGACGCAUUGAUUGAUAUACAUAUUGUAAUUGUAAUUGAUUUCCCCUCUAGAUGCUGUAUACAAAAUUAAGAUUUUGAUUUAAUCCUUGUGCAAGAGAGGAUAAAAGAUUAUUGGAAGACGAUGAAUUUAGUUUUGCUA